ACUUAACUUGUGGAGUAACUUGAUUUUGAUGGGAAUGGCAAUAAUUACGAUAAUCCGUUUACAUACGAUAGCCGGUCAGGCGAGGGAAGCAUUAGCCGGAGCGAGACGGAGAAGAGGUGGAGGAGAAGUUCGGAAGGGUCACGUGGCGGUUUACGUCGUCGGAGAACGGCCGGAGGCGAAGAAGCAACGGUUCGUGGUUCCGAUAUGGUAUUUGAAGCACCCGCUGUUUCAACGGCUGUUGAGGCUGGCCGAGGAAGAGUAUGAGUUUCAUCAUCCCAUGGGCGGCCUUACCCUUCCAUGCACUCCCUCCGCCUUCUUGGCCGUCACCUCCGCCAUCCAUUGUCAAUAACCAUCCAUUUUCUUGGUUUGCCACCGCCGGGCCUCGGCCCCCUAGGAAAUUUUGUUUUUUAUGUACAUAUGCAUAAAUUAAAUAAGGGGUAUUUAGUGUUUGCACCCUGUUUUAUGUGAUGAAAUGGACCAUGCACCCUAAAUUUAAAAUCCUUAGUCUUUGCCCCG